UCUGUUGAUGGGACGCACAUCCGUGCAAGUGAAGCAGCAAAGAGCGCAACUCAAUCCAGUGCUAAAGUCCGUGUGGGUGAAAUCCGUCAACUUCCAAACAAAAACAUCAUGAUUUUCUUUGGGAUUGUUCUUGUCCUUCUCUCCUCAGGUGUGUUCCCAUUCUCAGUUCCCAACUUCACUAUACCUGCCUUCCCAACUGACUGCGUUGAAGCCCACCGUGUAUGUUCUGCUGACCACAAUUGCGAAGAGUUAUACCAAGGGCUAGAACUAUGUACAGAUGAGGCUUCUCUGUCGACAAUUGGGGAGUGGGCAGUGACUGACUGUCUGCAGAUACAGCAUGCCCUGCUUACCAAACAACCCUCUUUGUUGGCUUGCAAGUGCCACCGAGGCUUUCGCAAAGAGGAGCAGUGUGUGCAAAUAUACUGGAGAAUUCGUCUGCUGCCAGGUCAGUCACGGCCUCGGGGUGUGAUUAUCACUUACUUUUUCCCAGCCUCAGGGUUCAUUCAAGGUGAUGUGGAUAACCAGUGCCUGAAAGCAGCUCAGGACUGUGGCCUAUAUGAGAAAUGUGGUGCUCUGCGAUCAGAGUAUGUUGUGGCAUGCACCAAGAAGAUACCUGGAACCAAUCGAUGCAACCAGCAGAAAUGUCAUCGGGCUCUACGAAGAUUCAUGGAAAGAGUACCUGAGGAAUACAGCUUUGGUGUCCUUUUCUGCCACUGUACCAAUCCACUCUGUGGUGAGAGGAGGAGGAAGACCAUUGUACCCUCCUGUGCUUUUGAGGAGAUGGAGGGCCCGCAACCCAACUGUCUCCACCAACGAAGUUUCUGCCGCAGGGACGCCCUCUGCAGGUCCAGAUUAGCUGAUUUCAUUCAGAAUUGCCAGCCAUCGCCACAAACAACCAGUGGCUGCCUGAGAGAUUCAGUAGGUCUCUGCCUUCAAGCCUAUGCGGGACUCAUUGGUACUCUCAUGACUCCAAACUACAUUGGCAAUGACUCUGCUGAUGUAUCACUGUCAUGCAACUGUCAAGGGAGUGGUAACCAGUGGCAAGAAUGUCUGAGAUUGCAACAUCUGUUCACUGACAACACCUGCCUGCGUAACGCAAUUAGUUGGAUCGGGAGCGCUGACUACCCGCCUGUAGACGAAAUCCCUCCUGCUGCUCCUAGACCCUCCACACUGAUUCAGGACCAUGAACGGCUGACCAACAGCCACUUACUAGACCAUGACAUUGCGGAGGAACAUGAGGACGAGGAGAAAUCCAAACAAAUUCAGUCAACUGAUGAAGGUGGACGAUUUGAUGUCAUCCCAAAGCACUCAGAGAGGGCCAUUGUCACCAACCCGGGACCCGCUGUAGCUGGGGGUGCUGUAUACGUUGUUGCUGUCCCUCUUGAACUGCAAUUUACUCUUUUUCUGCUUAUUUAUGGUAUUUAUGGUGCACUUAGUUUGGAAUAGAGCAUCUGAUGAAAAUGUGUUGAGAGCGCAAGGGUGCGACACGUGUUUCGCCAGAUGUGCAUGGGACGAAAGUAUAUAUAUAUAUGUUGUUGUAUAUACGAAAGUAUAUAUAUAUAUAUAUAAAACCCCUAACCGCCAGUUAAUUUCUAAACCCACUGUGAGUGAAAUAUGCAUUGUUCUUUUUUCGAAACAUAGCUAGAGACGUUGUUAGUUUACAGCGCCGUCAAAGUUAACCGCGUGGUUAACGUCACUGGUGAGUACAAAUAUAUUCCACAAUUUGUUUACUUUUGGUUUUGCGAAAAAAAUUGGAUCGCCACUUUUUUUCCCUGAUUUUUUUUUUCCUGUGUUGUCCUCAGGGAAAAAAAACAGGAAUAUUUCUACUGAUGAGGAAAACUUUAAUCAAUGUUUGAAGCCAGGGUGCGUGCUCCUCAUUUGCCUCUUCACCCAUGAUGAGUUGAAACAGAGAGUUGUGUGGUAAAAAGUAUACAGCCUCUUCGGUAAAGAACGAAAUAUAUGCCCAUCAAAAUUGCCCCGUGGGAACCCUCCUUAAAAGCCAUGGCAGCAAAGCUUUCCCCCCAUUGCCCCCAAUACCUUGCCAAAAAAAAAAGUUGGCCAGGGCCACAGAGGGACAAUGUUCCAAAACACGAAAAUGCUGAAGACCAUUGAAGGGUGCAUUUUUUGUACCGGACUGAAUUUUGUUUCAUGU